AAUUGCUCUGUGAUGCCCAUGGGUCCAAUACCGAGAAAGGCGCCGCAGUAACUGGCCUCAUAUUUAAAUCGAAUUAGGAAGAUGCACAUGCGCCGUAUGAUAGCACUCCUGUGUAUAUAUGUAAAGCAUUCAGUUGUAUCUAUCUUUCUUUUUUCUCUCGGCAAUUGUAUCUAUCUAUCUACCUACAUACAUAUAUAAACACGUAAUGGGCCAGUGAUGCAGUACUUGUGCAAACAUAAUCGCUGUAGUCUUAUUAUGCUCAUCCUUUUCUAGAUUAUAAAGAGAGAGCGAGGAGAGAGAAACAGGCGAGCUAUUGAUGAUGGCAGCGGGAGAGGAAGUUUGGAUUUCCAGAAAGAGAGAGUACAUGACAAGAAGGGAGGAUAAGGAGAGGGAGAGAGAGCGCGCCCAACAGAUAGAGAGAGAGGAGAGGAAUAUAGAAAGUGAAGAACAGAGGAUAGGGCGCAAGAGAGAGACAUGGAAGGACAGAACAGAGGAAUGGCUCUGUGAUGCAGCAAUGAGAGGGGAUAUAGAAUCACUAAAGGAAAUAAUGAAAAUAGAUUAUUAUAUUCUGGAUAGAGUUUUGGUGGGAAGUUUUAAAGGGAAAAAUCCUCUUCACAUAGCUACAUCAACAGGGCAGAAAGAAUUUGUUCUAGAACUUUUGGAGUAUAAACAAGAUCUUGCUAAAGCUGUAGACACGGAACUAGGCACGGCCCUUCACAUAGCUUCCUCUAAGGGGUAUUUAGAUAUUGUGGAACUUUUAGUGGAAGUUAGCCCUGAGAUGUGCGCGGCUCGUGAUCGAGAAGGUAAUAACUCUCUUCAUAUCGCUGCCAUAAAAGGUAAUGUCGAAGUAUUACAGCUGUUGCUUCGAACAAACCCCUACGCAGCUCGAGUUAUGGUGGAUCAAGGUGACAAUAUUUUGCACUUGUGUGUAAAGUAUAAUCAGCUUGUGGGUCUGGAACUACUGCUAGACAAGGUUGGAAAUGAAGAAUUCGUCAAGUCUACUGAUAUCAAUGGCAACAACAUAUUGCAUCUCGCUGUUUUUUUUAAACGAUAUGAGAUUAUCAAAUAUCUACUGCUUGAGCGGCCAAAAGAAAAAAAAGGUGUCAAUAAGCUUGGCCAAUUAAUAGAUGUGAAUGCAAGAAAUGGAAGUGGGUGGACGGCGCUGGAUAUUCAUUCCCGAAUAGCAAAGAGUGAAGAUAACAUUCGUGAGUAUUGUGAUAUAAAAGACAUCCUACGUGAAUCUGGGGUUAAAAAGUCCAACAAACUGUUUUUCCCAUUUGAUCCUUAUUGGCAGAAGAAGAAAAAGGAUACAUUGAUGAUUGUAUCAUCGUUGAUGGCGACGAUGUCAUUUCAAGUCGGGAUCAACCCCCCCGGCGGUGUUUGGGAUCAAAGUUCACCAGAACAUGAAGCCGGAAAAGCUAGAAUUGCUUAUACCAAUUCCAAAGCGUAUCCGUAUUUAGUGUAUUUCAACACAAUAGGAUUCCUUUUGUCUUUGACUACAAUCUUAGAGCUCAUUGUUGUUUUGCCAACGCAAAAAAGGGCUUUUGGGUUUAUUCGAGCUGGGAUCUCGUGGUUGACGAUCAUGAUCAUGGCUUUCGCUUAUACAUUUUCCGUCAUCAUCGUCUCGCCCCCGGCAAUGUAUAAGCCCGUAAACCUUGUCAUUUUGACUACUGUUAUAGUGUGGGCCGUUGUGAUAUCGUUUCUCCGCGUACUACCAUUCCAUGCCCAAUUUCUACUACUUAGCGGACUGCUAGUAAUUCCAAUGGAAUUGAUAGCUCUGGGGCCAGUUCCUUUUGUAAUUUUGCUUGUAUUUUUAUAUAGUAAAUUUUAUGGAGGUUUCGUUAAAUUAUAUAAAUUAUUGGCACAACGUGGAACUAAGCCCACUGAAAGCACUGAUCAGUCGACUGGAGAGACGGCCCCACCACCAAAUCCGACUGCAGCUAGCCAGAACGACUCCACGAGUGUUUCCAUCCGGGAGUAAUUAUUCAAAGGUCUUUCGCGGUGCCACAUUUGUGUCCCAACGUCCUACGUACCUCACCUUACAAUUAUAUUUUAUCCUGGACAGAAAUGUGUAUGGGAAAUUAAACGGUUUUGAGUCACCAUGUGUCGGUGUCCCAAGAGCGCCAUACCCAAUAAUUGUUCUUCGAUCAUGCCAUGCUGUGAGUUUUUUAUGCUAGGAAAGUGUAUGUACUUUGUGGUUAUGCUACAAAUGCCGUGAGUUUUUUAUGCUAGGAAAGUGUUUGUACUUUUUGGUUAUGCUACAAAUUGAAGUUACAUGUGUCGUGA